AUGCAGGAUUCUCUACUCUCCUCUGUCUCCUCCUUCCAUACCAAAAAGAUAACCGUGACUGAUCCAAACAGGUUUUCACACCAUGGUUCUAUUCCGGAAACAAUGUACCGGUCUGUUUCUCAGGAAAGUAGACUUAUGUCUGAAUACAAAUUGCUUCCUCCAAAGACUCCGCGAACAUUGGCUCCUGAGAUGCAAGCACCCUUAGACGAGGUUGAGAAACCUGCCAAACGAGGGAAUAAAUCCAUUCUUAAGAAAGAAGACACUGAAGAUACCUCUUCCAAACCCGCUAAGUCCAAGAAAAGGAAAGCUAAAAAAGGUGAUUCCUCUGUUCCCAAGAAAGUAAAGAAAAUGGCUCGUAGAAAACAAACUCCACCUUCCCAUUCUGAACAGAAAAAUGAACUGGAGAGAAAGAGGAAGAACAACACAAAGACAACAGUUAAGGUUUCGGUUGCUCCUCCGCCCCCAACUUCAUCACAACCUACUUCUACAGUUGCUCUGCCACCACCUGUAUGCACAAUACCAAUAUCUACUUCUCCUCUUCCACCUCCCAUUAUUUCCGAAACGACCGAAGCAACUAUCACCUCUAUACCCAUCAUUACCACCACAACCGAUUCUUCAGUUAACGUCAACACAUCUGAUGUGGGGGCGAAGACUGAAGAACCUCCUAAAGUCACACCUUAG